GCCAUCUUGUGUUGUUGAGGCUGAGGGCUGACUGGGGUUUCUGAGAGACUCCGAGUCCCGGGGCUGCAGUGUUAAACGGACCUGAUUGUAGUCUGCUCAAACCUCCUGCUGUGAACCAGCAGAACUUUUGAACAGGUUUCUCCACAUAGAAAAGUCGAUUGUAAAAAUACGGGAAAGAAUGGCAGCGGAGACGCAGACACUGAACUUUGGACCUGAAUGGCUCCGAGCUCUGUCGAGUGGCGGUAGCAUCACCUCCCCUCCGCUGUCUCCCGCGCUGCCGAAGUAUAAGUUAGCAGAUUAUCGCUACGGCAGAGAAGAAAUGUUAGCACUUUUCCUCAAAGACAACAAGAUACCUUCAGACCUUCUGGAUAAAGAAUUUCUGCCUAUUCUGCAGGAGGAGCCCCUGCCGCCACUGGCUCUUGUACCCUUUACAGAAGAAGAACAGAGAAACUUUUCCAUGUCUGUAAAUAGUGCUGCUGUCCUGAGGUUGACGGGACGAGGAGGAGGAGGAACGGUGGUGGGGGCUCCCAGAGGUCGAAGUUCUUCAAGAGGGAGAGGCAGAGGCAGAGGUGAAUGUGGUUUCUACCAAAGAAGCUUUGAUGAAGUAGAGGGUGUGUUUGGUCGUGGAGGUAGCAGGGAAAUGCAUAGGUCGCAGAGCUGGGAGGAAAGGGGAGACAGACGUUUUGAAAAGCCAGGACGAAAAGAUGUAGGAAGACCAAAUUUUGAGGAAGGCGGACCAACAUCAGUGGGAAGAAAGCAUGAAUUUAUACGAUCAGAAAGUGAAAAUUGGCGUAUCUUCAGGGAGGAGCAGAAUGGAGAUGAUGAAGACGGAGGCUGGCGGCUCGCUGGGCCCAGGAGGGACGGGGAGAGGUGGCGGCCGCACAGUCCUGAUGGCCCUCGUUCUGCAGGCUGGCGGGAACACAUGGAACGGCGGCGACGGUUUGAGUUUGACUUCCGUGACCGAGAUGAAGAACGGGGCUACCGCAGGGUGCGCUCUGGCAGUGGGGGCAUCGAUGAUGACAGGGACAGCUUGCCGGAGUGGUGCUUAGAGGAUGCGGAGGAAGAGAUGGGCACAUUCGACUCCUCUGGAGCAUUCCUCUCUCUCAAGAAAGUACAGAAGGAGCCUAUUCCAGAAGAGCAGGAGAUGGACUUCCGGCCUGUGGAGGAAGCAGAGGAGUGCUCUGACUCCGAGGGCAGUCACAACGAAGAAGCCAAAGAACCCGAUAAGACGAAUAAGAAAGAGGGAGAGAAAACCGAUAGACCAGGAAUUGAAGCUAGUGAGGAAACACCCCAAAUCUCUUCAUCAUCUGCUCCACCAAACACUCCUUCAGACCAUCAACCUCAGGAAGCAUCACAAUUUGAGAGGAAAGAGGAACCCAAAACUGAACAAACAGAAAAAGGUGAAGAAGACAGUCGGACAGAAAGUAGUCUACCAGCCAGAGUGCCCAGUAGGGGGAAUGAAAUGGUUCCUGACGUCCAGCAGCCCCUGUCACAGAUUUCAGACGCAGCCUCUCCACUUCUCAUACUUCCACCUCCUGUUCCCAGUCCUACUCCUGCCCUGCGGCCAGUUGAAACGCCAGCUGUCGGUGCUCCUGGCAUGGGAAGUGUUCCUACGGAGCCGGAUGAUGAGGAGGGUCUCAAACAUUUGGAACAGCAAGCUGAGAAGAUGGUGGCGUAUCUUCAGGACAGUGCCCUAGACGAUGAGAGACUGUCGACGAAGCUGCAGGAGCACAGAGCCAAGGGCGUGUCGUCCGUCCCAUUGAUGCAUGAAGCCAUGCAGAAGUGGUAUUACAAAGAUCCCCAGGGAGAAAUCCAAGGUCCCUUCAAUAAUCAGGAAAUGGCGGAAUGGUUUCAGGCGGGCUAUUUCACUAUGUCCUUAUUGGUGAAGAGAGCAUGUGAUGAAAGCUUCCAGCCCCUCGGUGACAUCAUGAAGAUGUGGGGAAGAGUUCCCUUCUCUCCUGGCCCAGCGCCGCCACCUCAUAUGGGAGAGUUGGAUCAGGAACGACUGACCAGGCAGCAAGAACUCACGGCCUUAUACCAAAUGCAGCACCUCCAAUACCAGCAGUUCUUAAUUCAGCAGCAGUACGCCCAGGUCCUCGCGCAGCAGCAGAAGGCGGCCCUGUCCUCCCAGCAGCAGCAGCAGUUGGCUCUGCUGCUCCAGCAGUUCCAGACUCUGAAGAUGAGAAUAUCCGAUCAGAAUGUCCUUCCCUCUGUAGCUCGGUCUGUGUCGGUCCCAGACACUGGCUCGAUCUGGGAGCUUCAGCCUGCAGCCUCACAGCCGACAGUUUGGGAAAGUGGCAGUGUGUGGGACCUUCCCCUUGACACGGCACCUUCAGGACCUGCUCUUGAACAGCUCCAGCAGAUGGAGAAGGCCAAAGCUGCAAAGCUAGAGCAGGAGAGAAGAGAGGCAGAAAUGAGGGCAAAACGGGAAGAGGAGGAACGAAAGAGGCAAGAAGAACUUCGGAGACAACAGGAGGAAAUGCUUCGGAGACAGCAGGAGGAAGAAAGGAAAAGACGGGAAGAGGAAGAGCUUGCCCGAAGGAAACAGGAAGAAGCUCUGCGGCGCCAGCGGGAGCAGGAAAUGGCAUUAAGGCGGCAGCGAGAAGAAGAAGAGAGACAGCAGCAAGAGGAAGCUCUAAGAAGGCUGGAAGAGAGGAGAAGAGAAGAGGAAGAGAGGCGGAAACAGGAGGAAUUGCUGCGCAAGCAGGAAGAGGAGGCUGCAAAAUGGGCUCGGGAGGAAGAGGAGGCCCAGCGCCGUCUCGAGGAGAACCGGCUGCGAAUGGAGGAGGAGGCGGCCAGACUCCGGCACGAGGAGGAGGAGCGGAAGAGGAAGGAGCUGGAGCUACAGCGGCAGAAGGAGCUCAUGCGCCAGCGGCAGCAGCAGCAGGAGGCGCUGCGGAGGCUGCAGCAGCAGCAGCAGCAGCAGCAGCUGGCGCAGAUGAAGCUUCCCUCUUCUUCAACGUGGGGCCAGCAGUCCAACUCAACGGCGUGUCAGUCCCAGGCAACGUUGUCAUUGGCUGAAAUCCAAAAACUAGAAGAGGAGCGGGAACGGCAGCUUCGAGAAGAGCAGCGGCGCCAGCAGCGGGAACUGAUGAAAGCGCUGCAGCAGCAGCAGCAGCAGCAGCAGCAGAAGCUCUCCGGCUGGGGCAACGUCAGCAAGCCCGCGGGUACCGCCAAGUCCCUGCUGGAGAUCCAGCAGGAGGAAGCCAGGCAGAUGCAGAAGCAGCAGCAGCAGCAGCAGCAGCAGCACCAGCAGCCGAGCAGAUCCCGGAAUACUCCACAUUCCAACCUGCACACCAGCAUGGGCAACUCUGUUUGGGGCUCUAUAAACACUGCUCCCCCAAACCAGUGGGCAUCUGACCUAGUCAGUAGUAUCUGGAGUAAUGCCGACACUAAAAAUUCCAACAUGGGAUUCUGGGAUGAUGCAGUGAAAGAGGUGGGACCUAGGAAUUCAGCAAAUAAAAACAAAAACAACGCCAGUCUCAGUAAAUCUGUAGGUGUGUCUAACCGGCAGAAUAAGAAAGUAGAAGAAGAAGAAAAGUUGCUGAAGCUCUUUCAGGGAGUAAAUAAAGCCCAGGAUGGAUUUACCCAGUGGUGUGAACAGAUGCUUCAUGCCCUUAAUACGGCAAAUAACCUGGAUGUUCCCACAUUUGUUUCUUUCCUGAAAGAAGUAGAAUCUCCCUACGAGGUCCACGAUUACGUCAGGGCCUACUUAGGAGACACCUCUGAGGCCAAGGAGUUCGCCAAGCAGUUCCUCGAUCGCCGUGCCAAACAGAAAGCCAACCAGCGGCAGCCGCAGCCGCAGCAGCAGCCGCAGCCGCAGCCGCCGCAGCAGCAGGACUCUGUGUGGGGGAUGAACCACAGUGCACUCCAUUCAGUAUUUCAGACCAAUCAGAGCAACAAUCAGCAAUCCAAUUUUGAGGCCGUACAAAGUGGCAAGAAAAAGAAAAAGCAGAAGAUGGUUCGAGCAGAUCCCAGUUUGUUAGGAUUUUCAGUUAAUGCUUCAUCGGAGCGACUCAAUAUGGGUGAGAUCGAGACUUUGGAUGACUACUGAGUGUCCACGACGGACUGGCCUGCCCUCUCCUCUCUGCUGACCACGGAUUCUCCACCUCUGGACACUUCCUCACCUUUACUCUUUAUCACUCUGCAACAAAUCACAGAACCGGUCAUCUCAGGCUUUUUCUUCUAGCUCUGUGUCCGAGAUUCUUUAGGCCCUUGUUGGCGAGCAUCUCAGACUGGAGGAGCGGAGCGGCCCCGUGUCUCGGGGGCAGUCGGGAUCGCUCCCCAACAAGCUGAUUCCUGGGCCCCAAUUUCACCUGCUAGCUCCCAGAAAGUGAGUUGGGACCUGCCAAUAGCAAUUUACUUUCUCUUGUCAUUCUUACUCUUCCUUCUUUUUUUCCUUCUUCCCUGCUCCCCCCGUUUCCCUCUAAGGGCACGCAAGGGGUCUUGCUGGUGCAAUCAUGAAGAGAGUGAACGGCAGCAGACCUGGGCCCGCAGCCCAGCGCCGGGUCGGCAGCCUCUGUGCUCCCGGGCUGAGCGGGGCCCGGCCGCUGCUGACUUGGGGUUGCGUCACAGAGCCCCGGCCCGGCGGCGGGGGUGGGGGCCCAGGGACUGCCUUGAUGUUGCACACAUCCCUCACCCCUUCUUUCUGAGUAGUUCUGGAGAAAGGGUCCGUGUUCUUCCUCCUUAGAAUAGUGACUUCCGCGCCAGCCAGCGUCUCAGACCCCUGGCAUACUCCAAACCCGAUUGGACAGAGAAGCCCCGUGGCCUGGGAGAGGGACUUGUGCUUAAUUUUUCUUUCUUACAAAAACUGAUUUUUCCCAUAAAUAUUUUUACUUCAGAGGACUAGGACCAGUUUGUUUUGGGCCUUUCUGCUGAAAAUUUGUCUCGUUUUAAGAGGCAGCUAGGAUCUUUACCAUAUGUAUGAAUUUGUAUAAUUUCAUUUUGGAUAGGGAUAAACUUUUGCUUCUGAUAAAAGCCCGGAAUUUCAUCUGG